AUGCUUAGGCUCCUGCGGCGAGGGUCGACCACGCCCUCGAGAAAAUGGUCUACGCCAGGCCGGGCGCGGCGCAUGACCGACUCGAGGCUAAUCCGCUACCCCUUCCGCAUUCGAGCUCGGUUUCCACUGCGUGGGUUCGGUGGGCGUGCGGGAUCUGGCCAGGUGCGGUCUCCGCUCGUACGCGUUCUCGCACGCGGCCGUCGACGGACGUUGGCACCCAUUGCAUCAUCCUUGCGCCUUCUGCUCCCCCUCCUUCGCGCAGGUGGCUGGCCUACGGAGGUCCCGUCUGGGAAGGCGCCGGACAGCGCCGACGGUGACGACGCACAGACGAAGACAGCGCCCCCCGCGCACAUCGUCGUUCCGAGCCACGCGUCCAGCCCGCGUCCGCAGGCCCCGUGCACGCACCGACUGGCGCAGCGCGCGGCCGCGGGCCCGAAAAUUGCGGGGGGCGUCGCGAUGCGGGGCUAUAUCACAUAUGGUCCCCGUCUCCACUGCGUCUCGCCGAUGACGAACGGCGGCGAUCUCGCCUGCGCACACGCUCUUGGCCUGCGGCCCCGCCUGUCGCGCGUCGUACGUCCCUGGCGGACUCGAAGGAGGGCGAUCCUGGCCGCUUAUCGUGCGGCACAACCCCAGCCGGACCCGCGUGCGGUGGCGUAUGUGCUGCACGUAUGGGCCGGGACGUCUGGCGCUCUCGGGGCGACGCGGCUGGUCGCCCAAGCGUGCUCAGCUCAGGGUGCAGCGCUGAAAAUCCAGCGGGCGCGCAGGGCCGGGGGCCGGGAGGCAGAUAGUGUCGCUCUCCAGGGCCCGGGGGCGAGGCGGGAGAUUCGCACGAUCGCGGUCGCUGGUGCAGAUGUCUCAGCUCCUCUCCCUCUCUCCCUCUCUCCCUCUCUCUCCCUCUUCCCUGCCCGUCGGCAGCCCACCGGCGGUGUAUCUCCUGUACUGCGUCAGCACGUUCGUCACCUUGCCCUCGAUUGGUCACUUCAGUCAAUUCUCCGAGCUCGCCCGCACAACCUCGGCCUGUUGGAUACAGCCCCUCGCCUUGAAGGCCCUCAGGGGCAUCUCAUCCCACCUGUACCCCCCCUCUCCCUCUCUUGUAUCAUCCUCCCGACCGUCUCAAUCAGCCCGGGAUCGCCAUCGUCAAACAUGAUUUCUAGCUGGACAAGCUGUCUCAGCUCGUCGCCUUCUCCAGACAACUCCUCCUCUCGUUUUGCCCACAUCUCUGCCCUCUCGUCCUCCUCAUCGAUAUGCUCCCCCGAGCCCUCCCCCCUCCCGUCCCCGUCCGUCUCUGUCCACUCCAUCGGGAGCAAGACACAUGCAUUCUUCGGCUCUCCCUUUGACGGUUCUCCCGCUCCCCUUCCUCCCCCCAAUCCCCACAAGCGGCCCCCCUCUCUCAAAUCAAGAGCAUCGAUAACCUCUUUCGCGUCCUCGUCAACUUACAGUUCCUCCAAUUCCGACUCGGAAAGCUACCCCCAGGCCGCCGACACACCGCGCCUCGAACACCGUGCACCCAAGCGCUCCCUCAACGACGACUUCUUCGGGCCCUCCUCGCUCCCUACCCCUCCCCCCAGCGCCGCACGCCUGCCUGGCAGCUCCCCCACCUCCCGCGACAGCUCCUGCUCUCCGCCCCCAACCCAGCGCACUCUCCCCUCUGUCACUUUGUCUCGCCUCUUUCCGUCCCGCAGACGAUACGGCACCGAAGACCGCCCGGCCUAUGACUCCCCCCCACCCCACAGGCGCGAAUUCUUGACGCUCGACCCGGCCGCCUCUCCGCGCGAGUACGUAUCGCCCUACGGCGAUCACACGUUCUCCCCCGCGGUCGAGUCCGGUUCGUUCACACCUCAAGCAGCGUCUGAUACGUCUGACAUACCGACGCCGAUGCCUCGCGAUGCGGACCAUGCCCGCACAUCGUAUAUCUACCCAGCACCAUUAAUCCCUCUGCCCGAGCCCGAGACACCUGCGCGUAUGGUGUCGCUCGAGCCGGGCGCCGUGCUCAACAGCACGUCACUGUCCGUGAAGCUCGAACGUGUGCUGGGACACGGGGCGUUCAGCAGCGUGUGGCUGGCGAGCGACGUGCAGGGGCAGCUCGGCGCGCUGGAGCUGUCGAGGAAAACGAGUCUGCUGAGGAGUAGAAGCGAGAAACGGGGUCGGGGGCUUGAGGGACUCCGGCCCAAAGCUAGGACGCACGGCGUCGGCGCUGCCAUGCGGAGGGUAAAGAAGGUAAUGACGCAUUCGCGGGAGCUCAGCGACGAGAGCAUCUGCCUGCAUGAUCCCGCCCUGGGCGUGAACGGUGCCCACGCUGCGUCUAGGACUCCCCAGCCGGGCAGGCUCGUUGCGGUCAAGAUGACAGACCGUGCGCUCUGCGAGAAAAAUUCGCGGUCGCGGGUGAGCUUUGUGCGGGAGGUCGAAAUUCUCCGGCACAUUUCACACCCGUCGAUCGUCUCGUAUGUCCACUCGUUCAGCACGCCGUCGCACCAUAGUCUCGUGCUCGAAUACGUCGGUGGCGGCGAGCUGUUCGAUCUAAUCGAUAACGCCGAGAGCCAUGCGUGCCUCGACGAGCCGCUCUUACGUCGCAUGUUCGGCGAGCUGUGCAAGGCUGUGGGGUGGAUGCAUGGCGUCGGGCUCGUCCACCGUGACAUCAAGCUCGAAAACAUCCUCCUUACCGCGUCGCCGUUUUCGUCUCCAUUGCCCACGCCGCCCAACGCGCUCAUCAAGCUGUCAGACUUUGGUCUGUCGCGGUUCAUCGACCCGGCCGAGCCGCUGCUCACUACCCUGUGUGGAUCCGAAUCGUACGCUGCGCCGGAGCUCGUCACGGGGCGCGCGUAUGACGGGCGGGAGACAGAUGCGUGGGCGUGCGGCAUAGUUCUGUACGCGCUCGCCACCCGCCGGCUGCCAUUCGACCGGUUCCCUGCGCACGUCGCGUCUCGCGAGCGCGAGGACGAGGCGGGAAGCCCGCAGACGACCAGGGUGGAGCGCAGGGCACUGCUGGUGCGCAUCGCCAAGGCGGAGUACGCGUGGCCGGCAGACGACGUCGACAGCGCGGUCGUCGUGGACAGCGUCGACGAAGAGGAGCCGCCGAGGGGCGCGGCGCUCGCGCAGUCUGCGGGCGUGCGCCGCGUGGUGGAGCGGCUGCUCGUGCGCGAUCCGCGGAAGCGGUCGCGCAUCGUCGAUCUCUGGGAGGACGGGUGGAUGCGCGGGGAGGGCGCGCCGCCUGCGCCGGCGGCGGUGGCCGCGGACGUCGACGCGCCCGGUGUCGGUGUCGGUGUCGACGCGGUUGAGAGCCCCGGUGCCGACGAGUGCGGUCCUCUGCUGGAGCUGCGCGACGGCGCGCAUCCGGGCAUCGAGGCGGACGAGGGUCUGGAUGCGGAGGGCGACGACGAGGGCCUCAUCGUGGACGGAGACGACAUCGGCCCCGGGAGCGUCGCACACCAAGAGCACUAG